AUGGCAGGAAGCAACCUCCCACAGGAUGAACAGACAGUGACUAUUCUGCUCCUCGGAGAUCCGGGAUGUGGUAAAACAACAUUUCUAUCGAGCUUGAAGUCCAAUCUUCGUAGACACCAAGGACAGACAACUAGUCAAGGGAAUAUUGAGGAAACCCUUCUACGGGACAGUGACCAGCCGUUUAUCUAUGAAAUUCGCUUCUCCAAGAAGUCAUUUAAACUUGAAGUAUAUGACACCGCAAGUCCCAACCAACAUUGGUCUACCUUGCAGCCUGAUGUUAUACUUCUGGCAUUUGACAUCUCGAAUAGAGAUACACUGAACAAUCUUCGCAAUUGGCGAAAUGAUAUCACCAGGUACUUCCAGAACGGUUAUGGUGAACGCAUACCCAUUAUGUUGAUAGGGUUGAAGAGAGAUCUUAGGGUGGAAUGUGAGGGGAUUAUAUAUCCUCAAGAGUCGUAUCGGAUUGCGCAGGAACUCCGAUGUGAUCGGUAUGCGGAGUGCUCUGCUGUCACUGGGGAACUCUUACGAGAGACGUUUGAAGAUAUUGCGCGGCUUGCUGGAAUGACGACUACGGCGGCUGGGGGCCAAACUGCCGGCGCUUGUGUUAUUCUUUAG